AUGGCCGCCGACGUGCUGUCCCGCCGCAGCGAGCCGGCCUCGACAGCGCCCACGGGCCCCAACCGCACCUCGCUGCCCCCGCUGCUCACCUCCCCGCCCUCCAAGGCCAAGCUCGAGCGCGCCAGCUCGUACAUGAACAAGCGCCUGUCCACUCUGUCCACCGUCUCCAACGUGUCCGCCACACAGCCCUCGGCCCGCUCGCGUCCCCAGUCGACCGCCUUCCCCGUCUUCCACUCCAGCCUGCCCUACUCGCUAGUCCGCGACUUCGCCUACGACCCGCUGCACCCGCUCUUCUACGGGCCGCUGCCCGAACAACACUCCAAUGUCUCCACCCCGGGGAGCGAGAAGAGCAGGAGGCUGUCAGACCCGCCGCCCGUGCCCUGGCGCAGCGACCGCGGGUGGUCUGCCGGCGCCGCCGACUCCAGCGAGCAGCUCCCGCAGACGUCCUUCGCAGACGGGCCGCCCUACAGCGAGGACGACGACAUCUCCAGCCCCAUCGUCACCAGCCACCACGGCGCACGCCACAAGAAGCACAAGUCCAACACGGUCGACUUUGACCACACGCGCGGGCGGCGGGGCUACCCGGAAGAAUAUCGGCGCGGCUCGCUGGUCGACCCCAACGGCGAGAGCAGUCGCAGCUUCCCUGCAGGCGAGGUCAGCGAACCCGCCAACGGCGUCAGCAGCGAGUACAUCACAUACCCCCCCGAGUCGUCCAGCCUGAGUGUGCCCGUGGGCGCCUCACGACGCGACUCGCACUUCGCCGCUACCCUGCCCCCGCGCACGUAUGCAGACGAACAGGGCCCGCCCUACGACUCUGACGAAGACAUGUCCGAGCCAGAAGACUACAUACAUAACGACAACCGCUUUUCGCGCGACUACCAAUUCACCAUUGCCUCGCCCGACGAAGAGAUGCAUGGCAAAGCAGUCGCCCUCUUCGACUUUGCCCGCGAAAACGACAACGAACUGCCCCUCGUAGAAGGACAGGUUAUACUGGUCUCCUACCGCCACGGCCAGGGUUGGCUCGUCGCGCAAGACCCCAAGACGGGCGAGAGCGGCCUCGUGCCGGAGGAGUACGUGCGCCUGCUGCGCGACAUCGAGGGCGGCUGGAACGGGCUCAUGAACGGCAGCAUACAAGCGCAGAUGCAGAUGCAGUCACAAUCGCAGUCGCAGUCACACCACAAGGACCUAGAGCCCUACCCCAAAGACCGCCUCGCUACCCCGACGAAUCCAGAUGGCGGCACUAUCGGCAAGGCGCGCGAUGCUGGCGGUGUGGGGAUGGAGGGUGUGGAGCGUGGACCCGACGCCAACGCUGAGGAGGCGCGGUGGAAUCCUUGA